AUGCAAAAGGCAACGCGAGCCUACGCCGUCCCACCCUACCCACCGAGUCCAAGUGCCAGCUCCAUCGGACAAACAACAACAACCCAGGUUACCAUCACAUAUCCAUCGCAAACACUGACAAGGGUGUGCGGUCCAGAUGAAGACCCUAUAAUAAAAUUAAUUGUUCUGAAGAGAUGGAAAGAGGCUGCCAGUCAUGCUCUGAAACAUAAACACCUGCAAGAGGAACUCAAAGAGGGCAUCAUUAACUUAAUACUCAAAGAAUGUGAGCUACAGGAUUGUUGGAAGCAUCCCAAAGCCAGGAGGACCUUCAUCUGUCAGAUCAAAACAGCACCCCAGCCCCCAGACAGGAAGACAGCCGUGUGA